AUGCGCGUGCGGAAGGAGAGCAAGCUGAAUAUGAUGGUGCUGCUGCUGGAGAAGAUCCGCCACCUGGUCGCCACCAACACCCACUCCACCAAAAGGGACAUCUACUACCAGGAGGUGGCGCUGUUCGGCAGCCAGCGGGCUGUCGACGCUCUGUUGGAUGACGUCACACGCCUGCUGGCCAUCCCGCGCCAAAGCUCGCACGUACGCGCCACGUCUAAGGGCCUGGUGGCGGGGGACCUGGAUGGGUUGGAGGCCGAUGGGAGAGAUGGCCGUCAGUUUCCGAUCUGUUCGUCACACCGGCCGUGCCGAUCACCCGCCACCGCAGGCCUGCUGGUGCCAGAGGACCUGCCACACGUGCAGCUUGUGCGCUCCUCGGCCCGCUUCAUCCUGGUGGUCGAGAAGGACGCCACGUUCCAGAAGAUCCUGGACAGCCGGCUUCUGCGUCACCUGCCGCCCGGCAUCGUUAUCACGGGCAAGGGCUUCCCGGACCUGAACACCCGCCUGCUGCUGCGGCUGCUGACGACGCAGCUGCAGGUGCCGGCGCUGGCGCUGCUCGAUGCUGACCCGCACGGCCUCGAGAUCCUCUUCGUCUACAAGUACGGCUCGCUGGCUCGUGCUCACGAGGCGGCGAGUCUGGCCACCCCGGACCUGAUGUGGCUAGGGCUCCGGCCGACCGAGGUUCUCCAGCUCAACAUCCCGCAGACAGGAAAGCGGCAUUCUAAGCUGGCCCACCUGACGCCGUUUCCCGUGCUCUCCGUUCAGAUCCGCGAGAUCCUGGCAUCGGGACGGAAGGCCGAGAUUCAGACCUUGAGUGCCCUACACCCGACCUUCCUCACCGACCUGUACCUGCCCAGCAAGAUCGGGGAGUGUCUCUCGACGGCGCGCGGGGAGCUGCCGGCUCCGGCUCCGGCUCCGGAGGAGGAGCCGUAUCGGGAGUCGCUCCGGUCGGGGCCGGGAGCCGAGGCUGUGUCUCUCGGCCCCGAGGUUAUCCAGAACGCUGAUAUCGAGCGCUGA